GGAUUUCGGGGUAUUUAGGGCGGCAGACUGGCAGAUAGUCGACGGGCCUGGGAUAGGGCAGAGGGUGCAGCCACAGCCCCCUUCGCUUACCGGGGCCCUAAUCCUGCUGUGAAUGUGAAUGUAAGCACCCCCAAGCGGCCCGUGGCUGGCCAUGCCCAGAGAACUUCCCCGCAUCUUCUUAUCUCUGGCGCCCCGACGUGAGCCAAGCGGUUACACAACCUUAACCCCGACUUUAUAACCACGCGACUCCCGCCUUGCACAACCCGCCGCUUCCAUCCCCGUGCGAUGCAACCCUGACUGUCACUUGCGACUCCUAUCGCAUCUUCAUCCGCCACCAUGGCCAACGACGAGAAACCAGCCGUGGCUCCCACCGCCCAUCCCGAUCCCGAGUCCCUCGCCGCCCCUGGCGAUGUGAAAACCGGCGCCAUGCACAAUAUGAUCGAGCGCGACCUGCUGGAUGAGCGCUACGAGAUCACCCAGCGCGGCCUCAAGAACCGUCACGUUCAGCUGAUGGCCCUAGGAGGCACCAUCGGCACUGGUCUGUUCGUCGGGUCUGGCCAGGCGCUGCACAUCGGUGGCCCUCUCUCCCUCCUCCUCGGCUACAUCUUCAUCUCCGGCCUCGUCUACGCCAUCAUCACGGGUCUCGCAGAGGUCGGCGCAUACCUGCCUGUCCACGGCGGCACCAUGGGCUACCAUGGCUACCGGUACGUGUCGCGUAGCUUGGGAUUUGCCAUGGGAUACCUGUACUGGUACUCGCUGGGCAUCCUCGUCCCGUACGAGAUUGUCGCCGCCUCCAUGGUCAUCGACUACUGGCACCCGGACGUCAACCUCGCUGUGUGGAUCACUAUAAUGAUCGUCGUCAUCGUCCUCCUCAACUGCCUGCCCGUGGGCGUGUACGGGGAAACCGAGUUCUGGUUCUCCGGAAUCAAGAUCCUCACGCUGGUCGGUCUUCUCAUCCUCUCCUUCAUCUUGUUCUGGGGCGGCGGUCCCAACCGGCAACGCCUGGGCUUCCACUACUGGAAAGGCCCUGGCGCCAUGAACACCUACCUCGUAUCCGGCGACGCAGGCCGCUUUGUCGGCCUCCUCCAAUGCAUCGUCAAAUCGGCCAUCGCAUUCAUCUUCGCCCCGGAACUGAUCAUCAUCAGCGGCGGCGAGAUGGAGUCGCCCCGUCGGAACGUCCCGAAAGCCGCCCGUCGAUACAUCUACCGGCUGGUCUUCUUCUACGUCCUCGCCUCGCUCGCGAUCGGGGUAAUCUGCUCGUCGAACGCGAAACAACUCACCGCCGGCUCCGGCACCGACGCAUCCUCCUCCCCGUUCGUCGUAGCCAUCACGAACGCCGGCAUUCCCGUGCUCAGCAGCAUCGUCAACGCGGCGAUCCUCACCUCCGCCUGGUCGGCGGGCAACUCCUUCCUCUACAUGUCCUCCCGGUCACUCUACUCGCUCGCGGUAUCCGGCAACGCGCCCAGCAUCCUCAAAACCUGCAACCGAUGGGGCGUGCCCUACCUAGCCGUCACCCUCUCAUCGCUCUUCUCCCUGCUAGCCUACAUGGCCGUCGGCAGCGGGAGCUACACGGUCUUCAACUGGCUGAUCAACUUCACCAACACCUCGGGUUUCAUCUCCUGGGCCUGCUGCUCCAUCGUGUACCUGCGCUUCCAGAAAGCCGUCGUCGCCCAGGGCAUCGAGAAACCGUACUCCUCGCGCAUCCAGCCCUGGGGCAUGUGGAUCGGUCUUUUUGGCUCCGUCUUCCUCAUGCUCAUCAACGGCUUCACCUGCUUUUUCCCCUCCCAGUGGUCCGCGAGUACCUUUUUCACCGCCUAUAUUGGUAUCCCUGCCUUUGCGCUGCUGUAUUUUGGCCAUAGGGUGCUGUUUUGGAACGAUCCGUGGGCCUGGAGGAGUGGGGAGGUCGAUCUGGUUACCGGGCUGAGGGAGAUCGUGGACGCGGAGAGGCCGGAGAGGGUGAGGCGGACGUGGUGGGAUAAGAUGUUGGUUUUGGUGGAGUAGAUGGGUGGGUUGUAGAUAUCCACUGUUCGCGAUAGGGCGGUGCGCGGUGGGAGUGGGAGUGAGGGGGAUCGGAACGGUCCGCGAUGGGCCGGUCGGGAGUGAGUGGGUUCGCUGGGUGGUGUCUGUCGCAUUGUUCACGAUAACGGACCUCCUGGAUCCAACGGUUAGAUUUUUUGUACUACAUGCUGUGCAU